AUGACUGCGCUUGCAGGAGGUUUACCGAGAAUGAUGAGACCAACUCCUCACCAGAACUACCCGCGGGGUGGAUACUCUCUGGAAGUCUCCACUCCGUUAGGACAGGGUCGGGUCAACCAGCUCGGUGGUGUCUUCAUAAACGGCCGACCUCUCCCCAACCAUAUCCGCCACAAAAUCGUGGAGAUGGCACAUCAUGGUAUCCGGCCGUGUGUCAUCUCCCGGCAGCUGCGCGUGUCCCACGGCUGCGUCUCCAAAAUCCUCUGCCGGUACCAGGAGACAGGCUCCAUCAGGCCGGGGGCCAUCGGAGGCAGCAAGCCAAAGCAAACCGCUACUCCAGAGGUGGACAAGAAAAUCGAGGAGUACAAGACAGAAAACCCGGGCAUGUUCAGCUGGGAAAUCAGGGACAAGUUACUGAAGGAUGGGAUCUGCGACAGGAACAACGUCCCCUCAGUGAGCGCCAUCAGCCGCAUCAUGCGCUCCAAAUUCGGCGGAGUUGGUGAGGAUGAGGAAGAUGAUGAUGAAGUGGUGAAGAGGGAGAUGGAGGAAAACGAACCGCGGACGAAACACAGCAUCGACGGCAUUCUGGGAGACAGAUCCAGUCACUCUGAUGAGGGCUCCGACGUGGACUCAGAGCCGGGCCUGCCUCUAAAAAGGAAGCAACGUCGUAGUCGGACCACCUUCACGGCGGAGCAGCUGGAGGAGUUGGAGAGGGCCUUCGAACGCACACAUUACCCUGACAUCUACACACGGGAGGAGCUGGCUCAGCGGGCCAAACUGACAGAAGCUCGAGUUCAGGUGUGGUUCAGCAACAGAAGAGCCCGGUGGAGGAAGCAAGCCGGAGCCAAUCAACUGAUGGCUUUUAACCACCUCAUCCCCGGUGGUUUCCCUCCAUCAGCUAUGUCAGGCCUUCAGCCAUAUCAGCUGUCCGACAGCCCCUACCCUCCUACUUCCAUAGCUCAAGUAGCAUCCGAGCAGCCCAGUACAGUCCAUCGACCCCAGCCGCUGCCCCCGACCUCCGUGCACCAGAGUGGGCUCAGCUCAUCAGCAGGUUCCCAGGAUGGAAGCUCUGCGUACUGCCUGUCGUCUGGACGUCACGGUUUCUCAGGAUACUCGGACAGCUUCGUGGCCCCGACGGCGCACACCAACGCUGUCAACCCCACCAUCAGCAACAGCCUCUCACCACAGGUGAUGGGCUUAUUGAACCCAGGCGGAGUGCCACAUCAGUCCCAGAGUGACUUUGCCCUCUCACCACUGACCGGAGGCCUGGAGCCUAACGGGGGCAUGGCUGCCAGCUGUCAUGGUUCACAGCGCCUGGAGGCUCUACCAGGCUUGACCAGUAUGCCUACUCUUACUAGCACCCAGUCUUACUGCCCGCCUUCCUACACCUCACCAGCCUACGCCGUAGACCACCAUCCAUCCUACCAGUAUGGACAGUACAGUCAGAGCAAGGUGCCUUUCAUUAUAUGA